CCAACUUUCUCCCAUUGCAUAACACUACAGGUGAAGAGGAGAGAGAGAAACACAAUGGAGAAAUUUUCUUCUAUCUGGAAGAAUACAUCUUGGCCAGGAGAUGGUGAUGAUUUUCACUACAUCACCCAGAGAAGCCAAAAGUUCACAUUCUUGAAUCACCAAAUAUCCACACAGCUAAUGCCCCUUACAGUGGUGCUGCAUGGUCCUGCGGGUGUUGGGAAAACCACACUGGCCAAAAAGUGGAUGCUGGACUGGACACAGGACCACAUCAUGAUGACAUUCAAUUCCACUUUCUAUCUCAGCUGCAAGGAGCUCAACCACAAGGGGGCGUGCACUUUUGCAGAGCUGAUAUCCGAGAGCUGGCCAGAUUUGCAGGAUGCCAUUCCAGAGAUCCUAGCCCAAGCGCAGAAGAUCCUGUUCAUCAUCGAUGGUUUUGACGAGCUGAGAGUCCCCCCGGGGGCACUCAUCCAUGACAUAUGUGGCGACUGGCGGAAGCAGAAGCCGGUGCCCAUCCUCCUGGGGAGUUUGCUGAAGAGAAAAAUGUUACCCAAGGCCACUUUACUGAUCACCACUCGACCGGGGGCCCUGAGAGAGCUCCGGCUCUUGGUUGAACAGCCACUCUUCAUAGAAAUCGAAGGGUUCUUAGAGCUGGACAGGAAGGCGUAUUUCUUGAAACACUUUGCAGAGGAGGCUCAAGCACUGCGAGCCUUUGACUCGAUGAGGAGCAACGCAGCUUUGUUCCACAUGGGCGCGGCCCCCGCCGUGUGCUGGAUCGUCUGCACUUGUCUGCGACUGCAGAUGGAGAAGGGGGAAGACCCCGCCCCGACUUGCCAGACCACCACGUCACUGUUCCUGCGUUUCCUGUGCAGCCAGUUCACGCCAGCUCCCGGCAGCUGCCCCAGUCAGGGCCUCCAAGCUCCAGUGGAGGCCCUGUGUCUCCUGGCUGCUGAGGGCGUCUGGACACAGACGUCUGUGUUUGAUGGAGAAGACCUCGAGAGACUUGGGGUAAAGGAGUCUGCCCUCCAUCCUUUCCUGGACAGGAAUAUCCUCCAGAAGGGCAAAGACUGUGAGGGCUGCUACUCCUUCAUCCACCUCAGUGUCCAGCAGUUUCUUGCUGCCUUGUUCUAUGUCCUGGAGAGAGAGGAGGAGGAGGAAGAUGGGGAUAGCCACGGGUGGGACAUUGGGGAUGUGCAGAAGCUGCUCUCCAAGGAAGAAAGACUAAAGAACCCCACCCUGGCCCAUGUGGGGCACUUCUUAUUUGGCCUUUUGAAUGAAAAGAGAGCCAGGGAGCUGGAGACAACUUUUGGCUGCCGAGUGUCCUUGGAGGUCAAGCAGGAAUUGCUGGAAUGCAGAAUCAAGUCCAAUGAGGGUAAACCCUUCUCCUCAGCGAUGGACAUGAAGGAGUUUUUGUACUGUCUCUACGAAUCUCAGGAGGAGCAGCUUGUGAAGGAUGCAAUGACCGGCAUCAAGGAAAUUUCCAUUCACUUGACCAAUACAUUUGAAAUGAUGCAGUCUUCUUUCUGCCUUAAACAUUGUGAAAACUUGCAGAAAAUUUCGCUGCAGGUAGAAAAGGGGCUAUUCCUGGAGAAUGAUACAGCAUCGGAAUCAGACACUUGGGUUGAGAGGUCACAGCGCGACCAUCGCUCUCUCCAUCUCUGGACAGAUCUCUGCUCUGUAUUCAGUUCAAACAAGAACCUGAGCUUUCUGGACGUGAGUCAAAGCUUCCUGAGUCACUCCUCAGUGAGGAUUCUGUGUGAGCAGAUAACCCACGUCACCUGUCCUCUCCAGAAAGUGGUGAUUAAAAACAUCUCCCCUGCUGAUGCUUAUCGGGACUUGUGUCUGGCUUUCAUUGGUAAGAAGACUCUGACACACCUGAUCCUGGAAGGCGAUGUCCACGGUGACAAGAUGCUGCUGCUGCUGUUGUGUGAGACCCUGAAACACUCAAGAUGUAAUCUGCAGUAUCUGAGGUUGGGAUCUUGUUCUGAUACCACUAAGCAGCGGGAUGAUUUAUCCUCGGGCCUCAAAAUCAACCAGUCCCUGAGAUGCCUGGACCUCACAGCCAGUGAGCUCCUGGAUGAGGGCGUCAAAUUGCUGUGUACAACUCUGAGACACCCAAGGUGUUUCCUGCAGAAGUUGUCGUUGGAAGACUGUCACCUCACUGAAGCCUGUUGUAAGGAGCUGUCUUCUACUUUGAUUGUCAACCAGAGGCUGACACACCUGUGCUUGGCCAACAACAACCUUGGGGAUGGCGGGGUGAAACUUCUAUGUGAGGGCUUGAGUUACCCCGAAUGUCAGCUACAGACUCUUGUGUUGUGGCAUUGCAACAUAACCAGACAUGGCUGCAAACUUAUCUCAAAACUUCUCCAAGGAGACUCCAGCCUAACAAACCUGGACCUGGGUCUCAAUCCCAUAGCUACCGGAUUAUGGUUUCUCUGUGAGGCUUUGAAGAAGCCAAAUUGUAACCUAAAAUACCUGGGGCUCUGGGGCUGUUCCAUUACUCCUUUCUGUUGUCAGGACCUUGCAUCUGCCCUCAUCAGCAAUCAGAGGCUGGAAACUCUGGACCUGGGCCAGAAUAUCUUGGGAAGGAAUGGAAUAAUGAUGCUCUUUGAGGCUUUAAAACAGAAUGAUGGCCCCUUAAAGACACUCAGGUUGAAGAUCGAUGAAUCUAGUGUGGAAAUCCAGAAGCUGUUGGAGGAUGUGAAAGACAGCAAUCCAAAAUUGACGAUUGAAUGUACGGGUGCCAGAACAACAAGAUCCUCGUGUUGUGACUUCCUCUCCUGAACACCCUG